CACUAGAGCGGCCGUGCCAGGGUGCACUGCACAAUGGAGGAAAGGUGUACAGGGACAAGCGGUUGUGAAACUAGAAACCUCGUCGCUUAUGAAAGCAGCAGUUGAUAUAUUAUGAAAUAACCGCCGGGUUUGGAGUCAGCAGUGGCGGUGACUCCGGCCACAGACGACUUGACCCGAGGCUGAGGGAGUGCUGAGUAACCGCUGGGUUCAGCCGGUGUGCGGUGCUGCGGUCCUUUAGCGGGUCUCCGGGCUGCCCUCUGCAUUUUUACAUCCCUUUGUCCUAAGGAGCUGUAACCGUCCGGUGAGGUAUCCAACAAGAAAGAUGUCAGAGGUCAGCAUAGCAAAGCGUAAGGAGAAGUGUGAGAACUGCACCAAACAGUGCAACAAGAAACAGAGCGACGAUGGUACGAACUCCAAACAGGAAAAAGAAGAAGUCAACGGACAGGUGAAUGAAGGAUCCCAGUUGUUGCUGAGUGCAUGUCUGUCCUGUGAUGGCUGUCUGUCAGAGGAGGACAACCUAAAGAUCUCUCAGCAGAGCCUUGAGGAAGUGGAGCGAAUUUUGGCGCUCAAUAAGAAAUGUGACGUGUCGAAGCACAAGGUGCUUGUGGCAUCGGUGUGUCCACAGUCUCUGCCUUUCUUUGCUGUCAAGUUUGGUCUGGACAUCACUGAAGCUGCCCACAAACUCUGCAGCUUUCUCAAGAGGCUCGGAGUGCAGUAUGUGUUCGACACCACCCUGGCAGCAGGUUUCAGCAUCUUAGAGAGUCAAAAGGAGUUUAUUCAGAGGUAUCGCAGGAGGAACCAUGACUCCCACGCCUUGCCUAUGUUCACCUCCUCCUGCCCAGGAUGGAUUCGGUAUUCAGAGCGUGUCCUGGGCAGUCUGGUCACUCCACAUAUCUGCACAGCCAGGUCUCCUCAGCAGAUCAUGGGCUGUCUCGUCAAAGAUUACUUCUCAAAACAACAGAAGUUAAGUCCAGAGAAAGUCUACCAUGUGGUGGUGGCUCCCUGCUUUGAUAAGAAGCUAGAGGCUGUCAGAGAGGAGUUCUACAGCAGCCUGCUGGAGACCAGGGACGUGGACUGUGUCCUCACCUCAGGGGAGAUCUAUUACCUGAUGGAGCAGAGGAAGGUGUCAGUGGAGGAGCUGGACUCAGUUCCACUGGAUCAAGUGUUGGGAGAAGCUGGAGACGCGGCGCUGGUGAGGCACGAUGGCAGAGGUUCUGAAGGUUUUCUGGAACAUGUGUUCAAACACGCUGCUAAAGAGCUUUUUGGUCUGGACGUCCAAGAGAUCACAUACAAGACCCUCAGGAAUCGGGACUUCCAGGAAGUGACACUGGAGCGGGACGGGGAGACACUGCUGCAGUUUGCUGCCGUCUACGGUUUCAGGAACAUCCAGACUCUAGUUCACCGUAUCAGAAAGGGACGUGUGCCUUACCAGCUAGUGGAGGUGCUGUCCUGCCCAGGAGGGUGCUUGAGCGGCCGGGGUCAGGCAGAGAGCGAGACGGGAGGUCGGGUGGAUAAAGCUCUGGUCCAGCAGAUGGAGGAGGCCUACAGCAGCCUGCCAGUCCGACUUCCAGAGGUCAACCUCACCCUGCACACCCUCUAUCAAGACUGGCUGCAAGGCCAGGACUCACUACAGGCCAACAAGCUGCUACACACCCAGUACAGGAAUCAGAGUCAGAUCCACACGCAGCCUCCACACAUGCAGUGGUGAGGAGGAAUGGGCUGCUUUGCUUUUAAGACAUGACUGAACAGCUGCUUGGUUGGGAUUCUGCUUGGACCAUGUCAUCUUUAGUGCUGGUUCAAUGAAGGACAAGCUGUGGGCCAUGCAGCACCAUGGGCCAGUGAAGGUCUCAACAGGUCAUUUUUCCAUUUGGCCACACGGGGGAGCUGUCUGUAUUUUAAUUAAUCGUGCCUCUUCUGUGCCAAAAAUGAGCCCGAGGAAAUAUAAGGGUCCAGAGUCCAGAAACACGCAUAGAAUAUUUUCGCUCUCUGAAGCAGUAAUGUCAAUAAGUUGUUGAGAUCAUAGCUACAAAAAAAAGAGGUACAAAGUCACCUGAGGUGCCAGCUGUGCUGAGGAAUGACAACAUCUGCAGCACGUUUGAACUAGUUAUCAGUCCGUCAAUUCACAGAGCAAUAAGCCAGUGAGAUAAUGAAUAAGAAGUUAGAAUCAUAACUGGAACUCUUAAAGUGAACUUGUGGACACUGAAUGUUUAUUUCAGGAGUUUAAUGUAUUACAAAUCUUAACUGUGUAUGAUGAAACAUGUUGUUUUACUUAGUUUCAUUUCUCUCCACUCACUGUUUGUUACUGAAAGAGCAGACGAUGUGUUGUCAAACACAGUGAAAACUAUGCAACAGUGUCUUAUUAACAGUCACGGUGAAGGGACAGUUGAAAAUGUUGGAUUAUCCGUCCCAGUGAAGGCAGAGUACAGUCAUAUUUUUAAUAGAACCAUGAGAUUUUAAUUUGUAUUAUCACUUUCUUCCAAUUCCAAAAGAACAGAAUUUUUAUUAAGUUAUAUGUUUUUGUUUCUUGUUUUAAAAGAUCAAACAUCCAUGUCAUGUGUAAACCACUAAAACAUUCUGACAAACAAAUGGUGCUGCCUCAUUUCAGUACAAUAUUUUCAUGUUUCCAGUGAAAGGACUGCAAGAGGCUAAAACUUGCAAACAUUUCAAGAGCUGCUUGUUUCAGAGAAUGGGUGACAACAUUGCAUUGGUAACUGCAGUGGCAUUUGGGGGCACUGGCCACAUUAGUUACUGCUAUACAGGUUGGUCAGGGAGAUGGUGUUCUUCAUGCGUAUUGUUUAUGAGUUGUUUUUGAGUCGGUCGCUCAGACGACAGGCUGAUUUGUGUUGGCAGGUAUUGUGGAAAUGUCAAUGUUCAAUCCAAAUUGUUAAAUGAGUGUUUUUUUGUGGUUGCUAUUUCAAUGGUGUUGUUGAUGGGUGAGUUGGUAGUUUGUAUGUGUGCAGCUGCAAUCCUUGUUGGGAGGAUUGCUAGCAAUAAGCCACCAUGACAGAGACUUCUGUAAUGGUUAAUUGUUUCCAGCCAGUCCCAGUGUGCAGAGUUCAGUUUAACCUGAGCAACAAACCUAUAGCUGUGUCAUACAAUGAAUGUAGGAGACACUUUAUAGACAUCUAUUUUUAUCAGGCAACAUUGAGUAGCUGUUCAGAUGAAGAAAGGAUUUAUUGUUACAUAACAUGAAACUCAAAAUACUUGAUAUAGAUUCCUUUAUCAUUUCCUGACGUGUCUGACAUUACACAGCAAGCUUUGCAGCAAAUGCUAAAUGCUUGUGAUUAAACAUGUAAUGUAACUGUAUUCCAUUCAUUUUAAUAGCCAAUUAUUGAUUCUUAACAUGAACGACUAUCAGUGAGGAGAGCUGUUUAAAAUUAGCAUCCCUAAUGCAAACUGUAGCUGUAAUAAUGUUGAUUGAAAUUCGAAGUUAAAUUGCUAAAAUAAUUGCUUGUCAAGGGGCUGCACAGUGGUGUAGUGGUUAGCACUUUCGCCUUGCAGCAAGAAGAUCCCUGGUUCGCGUCCCGGCUUUCCCGGGAUCUUUCUGCAUGGAGUUUGCAUGUUCUCCCUGUGCAUGCGUGGGUUUUCUCCGGGUACUCCGGCUUCCUCCCACAGUCCAAAAAUAUGCUGAGGUUAAUUGAUUAUUCUAAAUUGCCCGUAGGUGUGAAUGUGAGAGUGCUUGUUUGUCUUUGUAUGUAGCCCUGCGACAGACUGGCGACCUGUCUAGGGUGUCCCCUGCCUUCGCCCGAGUCAGCUGGGAUAGGCUCCAGCCCCCCCGCGACCCUAGUGAGGAUUAAGCGGUGUAUAGAUAAUGGAUGGAUGGAAUUGCUUGUCAAAACACAACUCGCUGUUCCAAAGUACAGCCAGAUUUCUAGCUGCUGGUUAGAGAUUUGUAGAGCGAGAACCAAGACUAGAGGAAGCUGAAAGACAUCCUAAUCGAGGUCCAUGGGAAGUUUACACCCAAUAUUAAAAAUGGCAAUUUGAAAGAAUGGUUUUAUACUGUUCAAAAAUUUGAGGUCACCCAGACAAUAUCCUGUUUUCCAUUAAAACUCACACUUUCAUUCAUGUGCUAACAGAAUUUCACAAGGGUUUCUAAUCAUCAGUUAGCCUUUCAACACCAUUAGCUAACACAAUGUAGCAUUAGAACACAGGAGUGAUGGUUGCUGGAAAUGUUCCUCUGUACCCCAUGAAGAUAUUCCAUUAAAAAUCAGCUGUUUCCGGCUAGAAUAGUCAUUUACCACAUUAACAAUAUCUAGACUGUUUUUCUGGUUUAUUUAUUGUGAUCUUCAUUGGAAAAAAUUUCUAAAUGACCCCAAACUUUUAAAUGGUAAUGUAUUUCUGACUUGUUUCUCAUGGCUCGUCUUUUCUCUUUCUGUUCUCUGUGGCUUGCUUGCAAACAGCAGCAGGGUUGACUGAUUUCCAGGAAUCUGUCAUUACCUUUCGACUGGCAGGCUGAAACUUAUAAAUAAUUAUCAGUUGGUGCGGCCAGAGCAAGUGAAAGCAAAAAUAUGAGAGAUUGGUUUUUGUUUGAGGGAAAUUAUGCUUACCUGUAUGUAAACGUCGGCUAAUGCAUCAAUGACAACAAAAAAAUUGUUAACUUGUUUUUCUUACCCACAGCUAAGAGUAGUUUCUGUACGUCACACACAAUGGAUGAUCAAAGAGAAUCAAAUGUUUGAAACCUUUAUCAUUCUGCUUCUGUUCAAUUCUACUAUUGUGAUCGUUGUUCAUUUUGGUCAAUAUCAGUGUACAUAUGAAUAUAUAAUCAUAUUCAGCAUCUGACCCAAUGUCUAGCAACUGUUUCACUCCAGUUUACUCCCCCCUCCACCUUCUUUAAGUUUCAUUUCUCCUCUGCAUAUCCAGGCUGUUUAUUUCUAAACUACUUUCACCAGGAAACUCCCUCAGUCUGACAAGCUGUGUAACCUUUCACUUUAUCAAUCAUUCCCUGCUGCUCACCUGAGAGAGAGGAUCUCCUUGAAGUUCUAAAGCCAGUGAAUCCUCCAGGAUGCCCAGCCUGUGGAUAUGGUUGAGUCUGCUCUAUGCUCUACAAAGCAGUGUCUCAUCAGAUGAGGGAGUGUCACUGAAUUGCAACAAUACAGUGGAAGUUAAAGCUGGAGAAACUGUGACACUGAAUUGCACCAUCGAGCUGAAAGAAGGUCAACAGAACUGUGGCGUUCUAACAGUUAACUGGACGUCUACAAAUGACAAGAAUCUAUGUACCAAUGCCUCAUUGGUACAUAGAUACUCAUGUAUGUCGGAUAAUGAGACUUAUGUGGCGCUGACCAUCACAAAUGUCACGAAAGAGGAAGAUAUCACAGUUAAAAUGCGUGCAAAAUGUGGUAUGGAUGACUCACCUAUCAAAGUAAAGCUCACUGGAAUGUCACCAAUUUGCAACAGUACAGCAGAAGUUAAAGCUGUCGAAACUGUGACACCGAAUUGCACCAUCAAAGGGCAAUCAAAUCAACAGAACUGUGAAAGCAACACAUUGCACUCUAAGGAGGAUCAGGAGCGCAGGGAGGAAGAUAUAAAGUUAGCUCUGUCUGUCAUAUUUGGUGUUUUUGCCGCUGCCAUUGUUGUAGUCAUGUUGUAUUUAUUAUUUAAAACUGACCGAUGCAGAAAAAUCAUUAAGCCUGCCGAUGACCGUGGAAGUUAUUCCUCAACACCACAAGCUUAGUGGCCUCAUGUUUCUAAAAAUCUUCUAAUUUGUGUGUUUGUUGUUUUGUUUUGUUUAGUUUUUUUUUUUUACCUUUUCUGUGACAUUUUUAGAAUUCUUUUGACAUCUUUGUACAGAUUGAAUCAUGUCUGUACAGUAUGAGGAUUUGUGUUUGUACAGUUUGAAUCAUAUAAAUAUGAUGAAUUGAUUUGAAUAAAAGAGAACUCCUGGAUGUA